AUGAAGGGAAGACCAAAGAAUUGGGAGAUGAGGUUUCUAGAAACCAGAAAACAACACAAAGCAAUCAAGAGGAUUUGCUCAGGAGCUUGCGAAGACCAGGGAGACACAGUCCUUAGCAUUCUCUGUGCUCACAGGAACAUUUUUGUCAUUACUUUAGCUGAUAAAUCAGAUGAGAUUUCCCUUGAUGAAUAUAUUGUCCUUAUUGGAUCACCCACUGUCUGCUUAGCUGUGGGACCACCUUUCUGUCAUUUGGGGAAUUUAUUCUGUGGAUCCCAUAGCAGGAAGAACUGUUUAAACAUCUGGUCUGUUAAAGAACAAAUGGAGAUAUUCCUUAAGCCUCAAGUCACCAUGAGCCACUUUUUAUGGGGACAUGCUGAAUGGUAA